AAGAGGGAGGAGGAAUCCAAUGGAAAUCUGCGGUGCAACCGAUAUGAGUGUGUUCAUAUUUAAAUAAAGACAAAUAUCAACAAUAGAUUUUUCAUAAUAAACUUAUUAUUAUUAUUAUUGACCCUGCUGUAAAUUACCUUAUAUUAUUCGUGAAGCAAGCACCUGACUUUGUUCGAGGGAAUCGGCAGGUUAUUUUUGCGAGGACACCGAGGAGGCCCAGUCGGGUCGGAGUGGAUAGAAGCGGCCGCCUCGGAGUUGACAGUUGAGAAUAUGUAACGGGGGUCACCAUGGCAUCAAGAUUCGGUAAAACCUACAGUCGGAAGGGAGGGGAGGGGAGCUCCAAGUUCGACGAGGUCCUGUCCAACAAGAGGUCCACCCACAGCACAAAAUGGGGUCAGACCACCUUCAAGGCCCAGCUGGGCUCCAAGCGCCCCGGCCUGGUCCCAGAGCCUGGAGAGGCCCCCAAAAAGCCCCGGCGUCUCCCGGAGGAGGGCUCCGAGGACCCCUUCGGUUUCGACAGCGACGAGGAGUCCAGACCCGUGACCUCCCGCGGGACCCCCCAGCCCAAGGCCACCCCGCCCAAGCCCGCCCCGCCCAAGCCGGCCGCCCCUGAACCACGGCAGGCUGAUAGACCCAGCGAAUCGUGGCAGCUGAACAGGCGCUUCGCCGUGGAGACGGCACCGCCGUCCAAUCAGAGAGCGUCCCCGGCCCUGGACCUUGACUGGAGCGCGCAGAGGGGGCUGUCGGAGGAAGCUGGCGGACGGCUGCAGCAGACCCAGGCCAGCGAGGGCUGUGACGCUCACAGCUACGCCUGGUACAGCAUCGCCUCAGAGAGCGACAGGAAGCCCACGCCUCGCUCCACCAGCCUGAAGACGGACAGCUGGAGCUCCCUGGCGGGGCCGCGGCCCCCCUCCCCCGCCUUCGACACGCCCCGGGGGGAGGCGUCCCCGUGGCCGGGGGCGUCCGGGCAGGACGAGGAGGGCCAGGCUCUCCGCAGCGAGGAGCGGCCGCUCUCCGAACCCGACCGGGCCGAGCCGGGCCUGGGGGACCCGGAGCUGCCCUCCGAAUCGGACGCCCCCUCCCAGUUCCUCCACCGGCCGCCCAACUGCCGCACCUACCGCCGGCCCGACCGCUUCAGGCAGGCCCCGGGGCCGGGGAACGGGGAGAGCGCCGGCCAGGCCUCGCCCAGGCCCCACAGCGCCCCCUCUGGCCGAGGCCGGGACUACACGGUGCUGCACCCCUCCUGCCUGUCCGUGUGCAACGUCACCAUCCAGGACUCCAUGGAGAGGGCCGUGGAGGACUUCCCCGCCCCCACGUCUGCAGACCCGGGAGAGACCGGCCGGCUGAGGAAGAAGGCCGAGGCCACGCCCAACAAGCCCACCAGGUUCAGGCCCGUGCUGAGCAAGUCUAAAAAGGAGAGCAAGCUGGACUUCUUUGGUUUCGAGGAGAAGGACGGUCUGGACGAGGAGGACCCCGCUGCCUCAGGGAGCACAAACUACAAGAUCAAGUACUUCGGCUUCGACGACCUGAGCGAGAGCGACAGUGAGGAAGAGGAGGACAGGUCCUCGGCAGCGGAGAAGAGGAAGGCCAAGAAGGCCGCAGCAGCAGCAGCAGCCAUGGCCGCCUGCUUGGACAGCCCCGAGCCGAGCGACUCGCAGGAAAGCCAAACCAGCAGCAACACAGAUAUUCUGGAAUUCCCAGACGAUUCCUAUCCGGCUGUGGCUGGAACGCCGAAGAGGCCGCAGGGAAAACAGUCGGAUAAAUCCGGAGAGAGCGGCAGAAAGAUUUUCAGCGGCCCUAAGAAGUCCCCCGCAAAGGCUGUGUAUAACGCCAGACACUGGAACAAUCCGGAAGCUGAGGAGCUCCCCCCGCCCCUGGCCCGGGCUCAGAGCGCUCCGGCCAGUUUAUCGGGAGGAAGCAAGGCGAACAACCCCCACCCGGACGACGGCUUGUUCAAGACCCCGGCCCCGCCGCCCAAAGUCAUCAAAUCGGUGACCAUCCCCACCCAGCCGUACCAGGACAUCGUCACAGCGCUGAAAUGCCGGACAGAGCACAAGGAGCUGUACACUGUUGUUCAUAACGUGAAGCACUUCAACGAUGUUGUGGAGUUCGGGGAGAACCAGGAGUUCACAGAUGACUUUGAGUAUUUGGAAGCGGGCCUGAAGAGUGGUCAACCCCUCAACACGCGCUGCCUUAGUGUCAUCGGCUUGGCCACCAGGUGCGCGAUGCCCAGCUUCCGCAUGCACCUGCGGGCCAGGGGGAAGGUGGCCCAGGUCUUCAAAACGCUGAGCGACGCCCCGCAGCACCCGAACCUGGCCCUGUGCACUGCCUCUCUGAUGUACAUUCUGAGCCGGGACCGGCUGAACAUGGACCUGGACCGGGCCAGUCUGGAGCUGAUGCUCCGGCUGCUGGAGCUGGAGCAGGACCCCAAGAUGGCCGACUCCCAGCUGAGCUCCAGGGAGAUGGGCAAAGUGAAGGAGAAGAUCCGCAAGCUGUGCGACACGGUGCACAACAAGCACCUGGACCUGGGCAACAUCACGACUGGCCAUUUAGCCAUGGAGACCUUGCUGUCGUUGACCUCCAAGAGGGCAGGUGAUUGGUUCAAAGAGGAGCUGCGGUUGCUAGGCGGACUGGACCACAUCGUAGAUAAAGUUAAAGAGUGUGUGGAGAACCUGGAGGAAGAGGACGAUGAGGACAACCUGGUGGCGUCGUUAUGGGGGGCCGAGCGGUGUUUACGGGUGCUGGAGAGCGUGACUGUACACAACCCGGAGAACCAGAGCUACCUGAUCGCUUACAAAGACUCCCAGCUCAUUGUCUCCUCUGCCAGGGCCCUGAGACACUGCGAGGAGAAGAUCCAGUGCUACAGCCGGGAGGCGCCCGCCCUCCGCGCCUGCGGGGGCGCUGUGCUGCCGCACUGCAGCUUCAGCAGCGUGGCCAAGGCCGUGGAGGACUGCAUGCGCGCGGUCAUCGGGGCUCUGCUCAACCUCACCCACGACAACGAGUGGGGGAGCACGAAGACGGGGGAGCAGGACCAGCUCAUCCCCACGGCGCUCAACUGCGUGCUACGUGUCCCGCAGUUUCUACCUCAGGAGCAGAGAUUCGACAUCAGAGUGCUGGGUCUUGGCCUCCUCAUUAACCUGGUGGAGUACAGCGCCAGGAACAGGCACUUCGUGAUGGACCUGCAGCUGGACACACCCCCAUGCCUGGGGGAGGAGCUGAAGACAGAGGGGUCCUUCAGUGCAGUCGCUGCUCUAGUGCAGCUCUUCCUUCAGCACGAGCGUGCGGCCGUCCUCGCCGAAACGGAGACGGACGACUUCAUCAAUGACGCGCCGAAGCCCCAGCCGGACAAGACAGGCGAGUGGAAGGAAACUUCCGGAGAGAUCCAGUGGGUGUCCUCUGAAAACUCUGCGGAGAACGAGAACAGCGCGGAGCAGGAGAAGAAAGAAGAGGAGGACGAGGAACUGGACCUGAAUAAAGCCCUGCAGCAUGCUGGGAAGCAUAUGGAGGACAGCAUCGUGGCCUCGUAUACCGCGCUCCUAUUGGGCUGUCUGUGUCAGGGGAGUCCCAUGACUGCCACAACUGUGAGGGAAAAUCUACCUAAAGGAGAUUUCUCCUUAAUGACAGAAAUGCUCAAGAAGUUCUUAAACUUCAUGAAUCUAACGUGUGCUGUGGGCACCACAGGUCAGAAGUCCAUCUCUCGGGUCGUUGACUACCUGGAGCACUGUUAGUGCUUUGGUUCUGUCGGGCCACCCUGGGGAUUCUGGGCCACAGGGAGGUACAUCAUCAUGAUCCUCGUCACAGUGGGAUUCACCGCCUUCCCGUUUCAUUCGAUGGCUGGUGCCUCUCUCAGUUUCACUCCUUACUGUAAGGUGUGUUCAGAUGUUCUCCAGCAACCGACGGAGAGGCACGAGGGCUUCAUUUCACAGAUGAAUGAAAUUAUGAACAGUGCAGUUAGCACGGGCUGCAUAAACCAAACACACAUUGGCCGACUGUGCUGACAAAUAAUUGUCACGGGUUGCUCUUGACCUACAAGUGGAUGAGUGAGGAUGGUAGUGGAGUUUAUAAAGUGUUAUUGAAUGUUAUGUCUGAGGCAGCUGUGUGUUUUGUCUGAUCUUGCAAGGUCUUGGCACUGACUCACCCACCUUUGACCAAGGGAACAAUCCAAGCACUUGCCUAUUCAGUAAGGUUAGCUCAGUUCUCAAAACAUUUUUUUUUUUUUCUUGUUGUCGUCGUCUUUAUUUUUAUUUAAAUGUUUUCGAAAGCUCUCUUUAAGCAUUCAGCGAAGUCUAAGCAGCUAAUUAAGAGGGAGCGUGCGGAAUAAUGUGUACAUUCAAGUACACCCAGAGGAUUUUGGAGCUGCAAUUUCAAGAUUGUGAAAGAAACAAUGAAAAUGGGGGGAAAAAAACAAAAAACCGAUGAAAGAUCCUUCUCACAGUUGCACUAUGUGUUUUCAUGUGCAGAGUGAAAUGAUAACUUUGCUCACAUUUCCACUCUCGUAGCAGCAGGUCAGCUGUUCACUGCAUUGUACAGUUUUGGAAAGUGUCUGUAAGAAGGUAUUUUUCUUCUCGAUUAAAGCUGUGAGUUGUAGACCGGUUGUGUACAUUGUACAGGGCCGCACUUUUUCACCGACGUAGGCGAUUUGUCUCUACAUGGAGACUGAGGCAAGGUGUUUUCAAAAACAAGAUGCUUUUUUUUAGCUGUUGAACUUAACAUUUUAAGCUUAAUUUAAGUACAAAUCAACUGGACUGGAAGACAUUUUUUUGUUUUAACAAUGUAAAAUAAGCAUCUUUUUCCUUUUUUUUUAUUGUAAUUUUUUUUGCAUAUCAUUCACAAACCUUUGCCGUCACAGAUACCUCUUAACACCAUUUUAACAGUUCAAAUUGUAUAAGGAAAAUUCCGGAUUUUUCUGGAACAAAAUUAUAUCGAUUAAUAUACUGAGCUUGAAUAGCAUCUUGCAAAUCAAGAACCACUAAAUUGAUAUUGUUUAGCACAUGCAGUGUGGUCCGAGUUAAAUCACAGCCUAGAUAAAGAUGAUGAAGUAGAAUAUUGUCUUAAUCUAUUGGUAAUUCAUUACAUAUUUUACUAACACCCAUUGGAAAUUGUAGUUGACCAAGAUACGCUUCAAAAACCACUCAUGGCUUUACUCUGUUUAUGUCAGUGUAAAUUAGCCCUUGUUUUAAUCCAUUUCCUGGGUCCACAGUUGGCUGGCUAGCUAAGAUUACUACAUCUGCCAGGACCGUGGUAACUUGUGCCAGGGUGUGGUCAUACUAUGCAGAUUUGUAGAUGUCCCCACGGCAGAUCUAGGAUCAGACACUUGCGUGUUAGUUCUGCUUAUGCCAAACGGAUCACUGAUUCUGGAUCAGUUCUCAUGCAGUCUUCUGUAGCAAAUGUAUCUGUGUGUGACCAGCAGAUGUCAGUAGUUCUCAGCUGUGAAUUAAUGGUAAAUGCCUACAGUAUAUUGGAUAAAAUUUGAGGAUAAAGCUCUCUGGGGCUGAUCCCUCCCAUUGAGCCUAGGUCCGCCUUGACUGAUCAGGCCUGUGAGAAACCCUGGUUCCUUACCUGCAUACUUCAUUUCAUGCUGCCUUCUUCGCUCAUCUUUAUCAAGGGCGUGAAUCAUUUCAGAGUGCACUGUAGCUGUGCUAACCUUACGCUUGAACUCAAUCCGUUGUGUCUGAUCAGAAAGUACUACUGAUGCUACUCGCAGCUGCGCCUAAACUAAGUCUCCAAAACCGAAAACGGAAAGGGACGGGGGUAGCCUGAGCUUUACGUUAGCGUGACGCAUCGGGCUAACAAGCGGGUUUUCAGGUCAAACAAGGUCCCACAGGUCUAUAUGAGAGAUGAUUAUCUGGGAGUGUGAACUGUGAACAACUGCGUGGUAUAAUUUCUCAUGAGAUGACUUCACUUGGUUAUCCUGGUAGUUGACUUGUCAGCUUAGUGGAACAGUUUCCGUUGGACACAACUGCCAUAAUGCACUGUGUAGCAGUCUAGCACUGGUGUAGAGAAGCACAGAUUCAGGCAGAACUUCUGCUUGAGGGUUCGCGUUGGUUAGCGUAGUUCCUGGGGGACUGAGGGAGAUCGGGGGAAGAGAGCUGGCAGACUGAAGAUCCCUAAGCUGAAAUAACACAGCCACCACAGCUGCGUGCAUCAGUCUUCCAUUUCUGAUUCAGUUUGUUGACUGAGCUACGUCACACCCUGCUCAAAAAGCCCCACAUUUUUGCUUGAGAAAGCUCUCAGUAAUUAAGCUUUAGUUAUCAACAAAACAAUUCCCAUUUUUCAUUUUUGAUUGCCACUUAAAAACAUGAAGUACUCGUGGUUUUUUUUCUAUUAACUUAAUAAAUGCACUUUAAAUGUAAAAUUCUCCUGAAAUGUUGUAUGUAUUUGCAAAAACCGUGAGAGAGAAACCACCAUGUCCUUUGGAGGUUUCAUGGUUCAUCCAUAAUUCAGCCGGUUGGAUCGGUCACUUCCACACCCUGUGAUGCUAAACGCAUUAUUCACGCGAUGCCCCCAGCCCCUAGCGCACAGAGUGUGCAUUAUACAGUUUGCACAAGUGUUCAAUCUCAGAGUCCUCAUUACCUGGCACAAGGUGAAGUUCUGCAGCCAUAAACCAGGCACGGGUGAAGAUACAGUCCUCGGAUAUACACGACUCGGGGUUCGAGAACAGCAAGGCUUUUAAUGACGUUUGUGUUAUUCAGUGUUACGGGACUUGAACGGUUUCGCCUGCACAGGGCGGUUUGAGUUUUGAGAAGGGCCAGUGGUUGACUGGAGCUUCCUCAGGUCCGAUGGCUUCAAUUGGACCCAGGUCUGCUUCAGUGUGGUUCCUGAGUGAAGACUCCUCUAUAGCCAUACCAACAAUAGUUUUCUUACUUUUGUCUGCAAAAACUGCAAAAAAAAGAAAAAGAAAGAAAGUUUAUUUACAAAUAUAAAUGAAAUUACAUGUAAAUACUUGUAAAUAUCCGCUGUUGGACAUUGGAGUGGUAGAACACUUUCUGAAUCCAAUCCUAUUUUUGUUUUAUACCACGUUUCUCAGUUGUAUUAUUUACAGUAGUAAGUAUAGACAAAAAAAGACAACUGCAGGAAGAAAAAAAAAAGAAGAAAAAAAACAUUUGUACCGGUUUCAAGAAUAAUGUAUUUGGUUACAUGUACAUAAUUUUGUCUCAAAUAAAAAUUGAUACUUUCAGUACAA